UGUGAAUUACUGAUCCGAGUUUGUGGCCUCCGUAAAAACAGAAAGAACUGCGGAUGCUGUAAAUCAGAAACAAAAACAGAAGUUGCUGGAAAAGCUCAGCAGUUCUGGCAGCAUCUGUGAAGAGAAAAUCAGAGUUAACGUUCCGGGGCUGGUGACGCUUUCUCGGAACUCAGUAGCUUGGACUCCGGGAGAUAGAACCUCUGGGUGGGAAUCACUGCACUAAGAGACUGGAAGAGAAGAUGCAGGUUAACUCAAGCAAUUCUACUGACGUACGUUUAUAUAAAGUAAGCAUGGAAUUGGAUAAGGAGGAGUUGGGAGACUUGAAGUUUCUGUGCAGUGAUCACUUGCAAGCAGGCAAGAGGAUAGACAAUGCACAGGAUCUGUUUAGAGAACUGCAGCAACAAGACUUGGAUAUUAUCCCUGAACUCCUGUAUCGAAUCCAGCGCUUUGACUUGCUCAUCCUUCUCGGAAAACAGAGAGCAGACAUGAAACAACUUUUGCAACAAGGAGGAAAUUCCAAGGUCUCAAAUUACAGAGUCCUGCUCUAUAACAUUUCUAAAGAGAUUAAUGGUGAGGAGCUUGGUAACAUAAAAUUUAUACUGCAAGUAGCCAAGAGGAAACUUCAGGACAUGAAGAAUUUUAUGGAUGUAUGCAUUGAUCUGGAAAGAAGGGGUGAUCUAGGACCAGAUAAUCUACAUGUUCUACUAGAUGUCAUGAGGGAAAUCAAAAGAAUUGAUCUAAAGAGCAAACUGGAAAGAAAUCAAAACAUGACUGUUAUAUGUCCACAACAAGAAAGCAGGAGCCAAGCAAAAGAGCCUAACCAAGGAAUGUUCCCUGAAGUCAGCUGUCAAGCUCAGACUGAUGCCAAACCAAUUUAUUCAACAGGAACUGAGAGUCAGCAAGAACCUCAGCAAGCGGUAUCCACUGUGGAUGACCCAACUGUAGAAGAGCCAUGUCUCUGGCAAGCAGGAGGUUCAAUGACAGAACUACAGAACAAUUUAAACUCCAUUGCCAAUUUGCACAGAGCUGUGGAAGCAUUAAGUAUGGAAUCAACACCAGCAGGAGCCUCAAAAACCUCAGUGAUUGCAACAUCCUCCCUUCCUCUGCACAUCUCAACACAGACAAGUUCACAGUCAGAAGCACGUCAGACCAACAGCAAGUGUAUCAAAGUGUACAAAAUGGACAGUAAACCACUUGGAAUCUGCUUAAUAUUGAACAACAAAUCGUUCCCUGGAACAAGCUUGAAAGAAAGAAACGGGACGGAUCAUGAUGCAGAAAGGCUAACUCAAGUGUUCCGAAUGUUGGGAUUUGAAAUAGACAGAAAAGACAACUUAACUGUGAAACAUAUGGAGGAAGUACUGCUCAAGUAUCAGAAGUUUGAUCAUAAUGAUUGUUUUGUGUGUUGUAUCCUCUCACAUGGUGAAAAAGAUGCAGUUUUGGGAACUGAUGGAGACCUUCUACAUAUCAAAAAGAUCAGGUCCAUGUUUUCAGGGUCUCAGUGUUGCUCACUGCUGGAGAAACCCAAGGUCUUCUUUAUACAAGCUUGUCAAGGCCAAGAUUCACAAAGACCGUGCCAAGUGAUGAAUUAUUUCCCGGGCAGCAGCUCUGAGCUUGAAACUGAUGCAAUGACAUAUUCCAUCCCAGAGGACAGGGAUUUCCUGAUUGGAAUGUCUACUGUUACUGACUGUGUUUCCUACAGGACAGAUAAAGGCUCCUGGUUCAUUCAAGAACUGUGUAGCUGUUUGGAAGAAUUAUGCCCCCAAGGACAAGACCUGCUUACAAUUCUGACUGUAGUGAAUCAGAAAGUAAGUGAAAAACAUUCGAGCAAGAAGCAAAUUCCAGAGCCAAGAUUCACCCUGUCCAAGAAGUUGAUCAUUUUGCCCCCUUCUCAAAGGAAUUUAAACAGCUGAUCCAACUUCAGCCACACAGGAAUGGAUGUCUGUAUUUGAAACCUCCAGGAGAAAAUUCAGUGAGCUAGUUUAACUUUAAAAAUGAGUUUUGUCUGUCACUAAAUGGCAACAGUACCUGUGGUUAUUUGGACCCUGACAUUUUUUACAACUAUAUCAAGUGCACAUAUUUUUAAUCAAUCUGUUUAAACAUUUUAUUAUACACCUCUGGAACAGGAAGGACUUGAACCCUCCUGGUUCAGAGGUAAGGACACCAUCUUUACGCCACAAAAGUCCUCCACAUAGCAAGUGUAAGCUGCGUGAACCUAUCAAACUAUUAUUAUGAUGUGAAAAAUUCUAGUUAAGUUUCUGUGGAUGCCUUUUGAAAAUAAACUGACUUUAAUGUAAAUAAUCCAAGAAUAAAAGAUUUUAAUAAAAG